CUGGAAGGAAACUCCGAGAGACACAGGACAUUGGCGAUCAAUCACAUCGUCCCAAUGAAUUUCAUAUUGUUUAUUUGUUUAUCUGGGGUUUAUUCCUCAGAGAUUAGUAACUUGACUCCCAAUAAGGAAGAGGUUUAUAUGGAACCUCUAGUUGAUGAAGAACAUAAAGAAGAAAUUAAGCAUAACAUCCCUUAUGAUGAUAAAAAUGACCAUCAUUUUAAAGAGGAAAAAAACUAUGUGUUCACAACCCAAACUCCAAGUGGCUCCCAGUCUGAAAUAUCCGUGAAAGCAACAACUGCUGUGGAUUUUUCUCUAAGAAACUAUAAAAUCAAUGAGACAUCUGGAACACCCAUUGAAGAACCCUCGAUAAAAAGAAUUCCAAAAACAACUGAGGGUCCAAAUGAGCCUGCAUUUUGGACAAUGUUAGCUAAAGUUUUGAAUGAAACACUGCCGGAGGAAGAAUCAAGAGAUCAAUUAUUUCAAGCAAUUCCAAACUCUGAUUUGAAUGCUACGAGUGAAGACACAGGGGUAGAAGCACAGGAUAACAAGUUAAAAUUAAUGCUGGGCAUCUCACUGUUGACCCUCCUCCUUUUCACCAUCCUUCUGGCAUCAUCUAGUGCCUUGCUGUUCAAGCUGAAGACCACUUAUAACAAGCAACUUGAAAAUCAGUACUCCGUCCAGCCGGAGCUGGCGGCUCUGUCCUACUUCCAGCCAGCCCAGGGCGUCUCAGACUCAUCCUUCUCUAAGAGCGCCGACAGCAGCGCCGUUUGGACCCAGGAACCGUGACGGUCUCGGAUGACCACAUGCGUUAGACCUCAGAGUGAGGAUGUUCCCACUGAUAAUAGAGAACUUUAGUUUUGUGUCAUAAAACAUAUCUUUCUUUGUGAAUCACACGGAUGUCAUGAUUUAGAAACUCUGCUGAGACGUUUACAUUUUUCUGGUGUCUUAAAAGGAGGACGUGUUCAAUAAAAUUCUCUCGGCUAUAAAAAUUAAUGGAAAAAAUAAAAGGAAAUAAUUUAA